AUGGGUGUUAUAUAUUCUUUUUCCUGAUGCAGUGACAGGCAUGCUACUCCACUUUACACUACCAAUGAAACUGUUGUUUUAUAUCUUUUUUCUUUUUCUUUUUUUUUUCUAUUCCAAUGGUCCUGACACAAGAUUUUAGUGAAUGGAUUUCUAGUAUGUGCAAAGCAACAACUGCUACUUGAUCUGAAAAUUGCCUGAAAAACAAUACAAAACCUAAUUUUCAAACCAGGUUUUUAGUGCUGCUGAUGAAAUAAACUUAGUUCUGGCAACUGGGUUGCUACUAUUUCUUGUUAGUUUCAAUUUUCAAUUCAAUGGGAAUCGGAAGAAAUGAAGCUUCUCUUUAUUUUCUGGCUUUCUUGUGGUUUCUGGGCUUUGCGGAUGGAUUGCUUUCUGAUAAAGGAGUGAACUAUGAAGUGCAAGCUUUAAUGGAUAUAAAAGCUUCUCUUCAUGACCCUCAUGGAGUUCUUGAGAACUGGGAUAAAGAUGCUGUUGAUCCAUGUAGCUGGACUAUGGUUACUUGUUCGCCAGAAGGCUUUGUCAUUGGCCUGGGCACUCCUAGCCAGAAUUUGUCUGGUACUCUAUCUCCCAGCAUAGGCAACUUAACAAAUCUUCAAGUAGUAUUAUUACAGAACAACAACGUAUCUGGACCAAUACCUGAAGAGCUAGGAAAGCUAGUCAAGCUUCACACACUUGAUCUUUCUGAUAACUUUUUCUCUGGGAAAAUUCCUUCUUCUUUAGGACAAUUGAGAAGCCUCCAAUACUUGCGGCUGAACAAUAACAGUCUGUCUGGAACAUUUCCUCUAUCCUUAGCUAACAUGACCCAGCUUGCCUUUCUCGAUUUGUCAUACAAUAACCUCAGUGGCCCAGUACCCAGAUUUGCUGCUAAGACAUUCACCAUUGUUGGGAACCCUUUAAUUUGUCCAACUGGGUCUGAACCAGACUGCAACGGAACAACACUCAUGCCAAUGUCUAUGAACCUGAAUAGCACAGAAACCAGUUUAUUAUAUCCGGGAACACCUAGAAGUCAUAAAGUGGCUGUUGCUUUUGGAUCAAGUGUUGGGUCUGUCUCCCUCCUCAUUCUUGUAUUUGGAUUACUUCUUUGGUGGAGGCAAAGACGAAAUGAGCAGAUUUUCUUCGAUGUCAAAGACCGACACCAUGAGGAGGUUUCCCUUGGCAAUUUGAGGAGGUUCCAAUUCAGGGAACUUCAAAUUGCAACAAACAACUUCAGCAGCAAGAACAUACUCGGAAAGGGUGGUUUUGGGAAUGUCUACAAAGGAAUUCUCACAGAUGGGAGUGUUGUAGCUGUGAAGAGGCUCAAAGAUGGGAAUGCUGUUGGAGGAGAGAUUCAAUUUCAGACAGAAGUUGAGAUGAUCAGCCUAGCAGUACAUCGUAACCUACUCAGGCUGUACGGAUUCUGCAUCACACCCACAGAAAAGCUUCUAGUUUACCCCUACAUGUCAAAUGGCAGUGUUGCUUCGCGUCUCAAAGGAAAACCAGUCUUGGACUGGGGCACCAGGAAGAAGAUUGCCUUGGGAGCUGCAAGAGGACUACUAUACCUCCACGAGCAGUGUGAUCCAAAGAUAAUUCACAGAGAUGUUAAAGCUGCAAACAUACUGCUUGAUGAUUAUUGUGAGGCAGUGGUUGGAGAUUUUGGAUUGGCGAAGCUUUUGGAUCACCAGGACUCACAUGUCACAACAGCAGUCAGGGGAACCGUAGGGCAUAUAGCCCCGGAAUAUCUUUCUACAGGCCAGUCAUCAGAGAAAACAGAUGUCUUCGGAUUUGGUAUCCUCCUCCUUGAACUAAUCACAGGCCAAAGAGCCCUAGAGUUUGGGAAGGCAGCUAAUCAGAAAGGUGCCAUGCUUGACUGGGUGAGUACCAGUUUAUAUCAGAUUUCACUUUGUUAG